AUGAGUUGUUCCGACCUCCCAACUUCUGUUCUUGUGUUUGCUACAUGCACUGUGGAUAUUGUGGUUUCACCAGAAGGAAGUGAAGGAAGACAAGGUGAUGGCCUGCGCCGCUCCUUCCGGCAGAGGAAAGCUGUUGAGCGCUACGAAUCUCCCUUGGAAAAUCUAAGAAAACGUAACGUAAGCUCGUCCAACUAUACUCCACCUGUCAAAGAGAGAGAUUCAAGCAAAAAACCUAAAAGGUCUCCUUCAGCCAACUCUCAGAAAGAUGAGCUCCGAAUAAAGGGACCUCUGAAUGAUCACAUAAAAACAGAAGCAACUCGGAAAGGCAACUUCAAUGAAGUUCACAAGGAUCACUUGAAAAUUGGAGCAAGCCUGGCUGGUGUGGAGCAAAUGCAAAUCGAUGGUUCAGCACAAUUUCAUGGUGUGGGUGGUCUCUCUGACCACAUUUCAGCUUUAAAAGAGAUGGUCAUUUUGCCGUUGCUUUAUCCUGACGUCUUUGAGAUAUUGAAAUUUAAGCCUCCAAGAGGCUGUUUAUUCUAUGGUCCACCAGGUACUGGAAAGACCCUGGUUGCUCGUGCACUUGCUAAUGAAUGUAGCAGAGGUGACAGGAAAGUGACCUUUUUUAUGAGAAGUGCUGCCGACUGCAUGAGUAAAUGGGUAGGAGAAUCUGAACGACAGCUGCGUUUAGUGUUUGAGCAGGCCUACCAGAUGCGACCUUCAAUUAUUUUCUUUGAUGAGAUCGAUGCUCUUGCUCCUGUACGGUCCAGCAAGCAAGAUCAGGUUCACAGCUCUGUUGUGGGGACACUUCUGACACUCAUGGAUGGCUUAGCCAGCAGAGGAGAGGUUGUGGUGAUAGGAGCGACCAAUAGACUGGAUUCCAUAGAUCCUGCCUUACGAAGACCUGGGCGCUUUGAACGAGAAUUCCGCUUCAACUUGCCAAACAAAGAGGCAAGAUUAGAAAUUUUCAAAAUUCACACACGAGACUGGACCCUGAAGCCGUCAGACAACAUACUUGAAGACCUGGCUGAGAAAUGUGUUGGAUUCUGUGGUGCUGAUAUUAAAGCCUUGUGUGUUGAAGCUGGGCUCUGUGCUUUGCGCCGCCGCUAUCCACAGAUACAUGAAAGUGACAAAAGACUGAAGAUAGAUGCCAGAUCGAUUAAAGUAACAGCAAAGGAUUUUGCCACGGCCAUGCAGAAGAUUGUUCCAGCAUCACAGAGAGCUGGGGCUUCACCUGGGAGAGCACUACCAUCUAUUUCAAAGCCUCUGUUAGAAAACACCCUGGAAAGAAUUUUACAAGCCUUGCAGAGACCAUUUCCCCAUGCAAAGCUUGCACUGAAGACUCAAGGGAGUUAUGGGAUUGACAGUGAUGAUGAUGACUCACCAUCAGUCUCUGAAAAGAAGCCUGAGAGCAAAAAGGCAGAAUUCCGCACUUUGAGCCGGUACACGUUUGUCCUCUUUAUGGUGACAUUUUUGAGAUGGCUGCAUCUAAAUCCUUCUUACCAGCCGACAUCUUUCAGGCCACGGUUCUUACUAGUUGAAGAGCCAGGAUGUGGGCAGGCUUUUGAUUUGGCACCUGCCAUAUUACAUGCCCUGGAAAAGUUUCCAGCUUAUACACUAGAUCUACCCACCUUGUUUGUUAGCACCACAUCACAGGAAGAAACAUGUUCACAGAUAAAAACAUUGUUUAAUACUAAUCGUGAAGAAGUUUUCAAUAUCCCGCGGCCUACCUGUGCUGAAAGGAGAGGGUUUUAUGAGAACUUGAUUAUGAAGCAAGCUGCUGAACCCCCUGCAUCAAGAAACAAUGCAGAUUCACAGGUACACCCUUCUGCAAGAUGUUCUCAGGUGGAUGGGCAACCACAAGUAUUGGACAAGAAAGCAAUCAAAAUUCUAAAACGAGGAGUGUUUGUAGAUUACUCUGAGCUCAGAAAAUUGUUGGAUGCUGUCGUCACAGCAACUGAGAAUGUCAGUAUAUCGAGCAUGGCAAAACUAUAUUCUGUUCUUAGCAUGUGCAUUUAUCAACAGCGGGAAAAUCCAGACAAAACCAAAUUAGUGGAGAAAAAGGCAAUGGGUUCACCUAUACAGGCCUCUCAAACCAGUUUAUCUGUCACUAGUCUUUCUGAAGAACUUUUCCAGCUCUAUAAAGAAGAUGGGAGGCUGUGA